AUGGAAACCGAAGCUUUUAAUACGGAAUUAUUAAUUGAUGAAAUAGAGAAACGUCCGGCGAUAUGGGACAUGACAAGUAGCGAUUAUUCAGAUAAGAAUUUGAGAAGACGGGCUUGGGAAGAACUCGUCCUCAUAUUUUGUGAAGGACAUGACAAUGAAGAAAAGAAGAAAAUAUUAUCGUCAUCCCUGCAAAAAAAGUGGAAGAGUUUACGGGAUAAUUAUAUGAGAGAGGUGAAGAAAAUGAAGACUGUCAAAUCUGGAUCAGGAGCUUCCAAAACUUCGACAUAUAUUCAUUAUAAUAGACUACGAUUUCUACAGGCAUCAAUUGCCAACAAAGAUACAGAAAGUAGUUUCGAUGCAGAUAAUGCAUCAACUUCGUCAGAGGUUGCUGAAGUAGAAAUAAGUUCUGGCUUUAAGAAGCAGAGUUUAGCACAGAAAAAUGUGUCGCAUCCAAAAGAAGAUGACGAUGAAGACAAGCUGUUUUGGUUGUCACUCGUUAAAGAGAUUAAAAAAAUUCCGGAAUAUAGGCGACUUCAAACUAAAAUUGCCAUUUAUAAUUUAAUUUUGCAAAACCAAAAUGAAUUUCAAGGACCACAACAACAGACAUAUGAAAAUCAAAAUUACCCGGUACCACAACGAAGAAAUUAUUUAUCACAAGAGCAGCGUCAUCAGUCAUCAGCUUCUGUUAAAGGCUUUCGUUAUCAUGAUUAUAGAUCACAGCAGUCUAGUGUGUCAAAUAAUUUUGCACAUUAUGGUUAUACUACAACAAUGGGGUCUCCAUCGCCAGUCACACCUACUACAUCGCCAGCACCAACUAAUGUCAGCAAUGAAUCAGAGUUAGAGUUAUUCUGCGAG